AUCUAUUCUGUUAAACGAUAGUCAGAUACGUAACCAUAAAUACUAAUGAUUCUUUUUUAACACGAUGGCUGAUAUUAUGUUUUCUAAAAUUAACUCCUUACAAGAAUCUAAUCUAUCCAUACUCUGUAGAUUCUAGAAUAUAAAAUUUCGAGUAUAUAGAAUGAGGAAUAUUCGGUGGAUAUUCUUGAUUUGGUAAAAAUGAAGGAGGCUUCCUAUGGUAAGGAAUCUUGGAACAUAAGAUCAUAACGUAUAUGGUCACAGCACAGAUAAGCACAACUGAGUAUGUGCACACACAAAUCCUUCACAUCACAACCUAUCUCUAUCUCUAUCCUUCUACAAAUAUUCAUAUAUAAAACACACACAAUAUGUCCAUAACUUAUUAUCAAAAAGUUGAUCAUCCUUCUUAAAUUUCUUAAGCAAAACCAACUUGAUAACUUUUCUCAUCAACUGAUAACAUCAGAAAUAAGAAAUUCAACAUUUAUAGAGAGAGAGAUAAAACAUGGCAUCACCGGUGCAGCUCCAUCACGGGUUUCAACACGCUGCAGCCUCCCGAUCAAACCGAUGGACUGAUCAGAAGAGUCUUUCUCACGCGAGGUAUGCACGUGCCAGAGCACGUGGCGAUGCACCACACACAUGACCUUGGUCCAGGCAAGUGCUGCUCCUCGGUGGUGCAGACGAUCCACGCCCCGCUCGAGUCCGUGUGGGCCCUCGUGCGUCGUUUUGAUAACCCUAAACUUUACAAGAACUUCGUAAAGCAGUGCCGUAUCGUCCAAGGAGACGGGCUCCACGCCGGCGAUCUUAGGGAGGUCAUGGUCGUGUCUGGACUCCCGGCGGUCUCUAGCACCGAAAGGCUCGAGAUAUUGGACGAGGAGCGUUAUGUGAUAAGCUUUAGCGUCGUGGGUGGGGACCACAGGCUCGAGAACUACCGAUCGGUGACGACUCUCCAUGCGUCGGACGAUGAAGGAACCGUUGUGGUGGAGUCAUAUGUCGUCGAUGUGCCGCCGGGGAACACGGAGGAGGAGACUCUUAGCUUUGUGGAUACUAUCGUCCGGUGCAACCUUCAGAGUCUUGCUAGAAGUACCAACCGGCAAUAAUCUCGUCUGUAAAUUUAUUGCAAUUAUGUUAUGUAUAUGUUAUUAUUUUAAAUAAAAACAUUUCCUCUGGAUGUUUCAAUCAUCACAAGGAAGUGAAGUUCGAGAGAACCUAUUUGUAAAUUACUAGAUAGAUUUUUUUAGUUUUAAAAUAAUUGUAAUUUCGUGGGAUUUGUUUGAGUUGGCAGAUUUAUGUUGUUAAUACUGAAUCCAGAAAAGUUGGAUUUGGAGGUUGGUAUACGUAAUAACAUUCCGAGUUGAGUCUGUUACGUGGGAUGAUAGUUUCAUGAAUGUAUUAUAUACGCCGGUGGGAAAUUAAACACUUUUUUACAGAAUAUAUUUUCUUAAUUUUUAUAUACGUAAGGUACCAUAUACGUAGCUACACUGUAUUUAAGAUUAUGAUAUUUCUAAAAAAAAUUCUGAACACUAGAUUAUGAUAUUUCAGAGUGCUUAUGGAAAAUCUGAAAGUCUCUUGCAAGAUUCAAAAAUAAGAAAACAACAUUGAAAAUUUGAAAUUCUUAGUUAAAUGGUUCAACAUUGAUUGUUACGUUUAAUAUAAAUUCUUAGUUAGAAUUGUUUGAGCCAGAUACAAAGAGAGAGAGGUGUUCAUGUAUGCCGGAUUGUAUGGAGACUACAGCUAGUUCAGUUGACCGGUUGAGCAGUCGUCCGACGAGGUCGAAUUUUAAAUGAGUGAUAAUUUAUUUAAAUAAAAUAAUUUUUAAAAAAGUUUUUUUUGUUAAUUUAUCUAUUUAAUAUAUUUUCAUAUUUAAUUCAUAAAUCACUUCUGUUUUAUAUAAUACUGAAUAUAAUUAUAGAAUUUAUAAGAUAGGAUAGAAGUUUUAUUUUCUUGUUUUAAUAAUAUUAUAUUAUUAAUGAUGAAAUUAAUUAAUAUGUUAUUUUAUAAAAAUAUUUAAAAUUUUAGUAAGAUUUUGUUAGAUUUUUUCUUAAAUUUAUAGUUAAUUUAUUAUUAAUGCAAAUAAGUCAUAAAUAAUUUUUUCUUAAGUGGUCUUUAAUCUAUAUAUAUAAAAGAGGGUUUGCCUCCCUCCUGUUACGCCACCUCAGCAUCCAGGUCAUAAAGUCGGUUGAUCUGGUGUCGACACGUGUCCGACUCUAAGUAAGUUUCUUUGAUUUUCGUUUUGAAUGUAUAUGGGGCUUUUAAUUUAAGAUGAAAUGCAUUUACUGGGCCAACUAUCGACAAAACCAUAUUAUCAUCAUUGUCCCCUCGCAUUUCCUAGCUCCCACAAUCUUUUCGACGCCAUUGAAACGUCUUAUUCAAUCUAUCUAAUAAAUCUAUUUAGCAUUUAAUUAUUCAGCCUCACCGCUUUUGAAAUUCUCAGAAUUGUAUCUAUAAAUACGGAUGUUGACUUCCAUGAUUCUCAUCAUUUCAUCGUGUUCUUCACAAUUUUUCCACUGAAUUGCUGUUUACCGCAGUGACAUCUUCUCAACUCCUGCCCUCUCGAUUGAAAUAUGGUCGUUGUUAUAAAAAAAUAGUGACCCUUUUUCUUCUGGGAGGCGUGUAACGUCAAAAAGGCGGUGAACUCAUCGGCGUCGCCAUGAUAUUCACUGACAAAAGGGACGAGAGAGUAGAUAUGAAGCUCUGAAGGAUGCAGUUGCAGAGAUCGUUGGCGGCUAAGGCAUUGCUGGGAAAGACUAACCAGCGAAUCGCUGCAAGAAGACGUGAAAUUAGGGUUUGUUCGCCGCCGGCGUCAGAGAUGAAGUGGAUUGUGCGGCUGUGGAGGGUACCGACCGAUGGAUCCCAGGUUAACCCCUCCCAGUAGAGAGACGGCGACCAAAAGUUGAUUAUAUUAUGCUUUGUGGCCCAGAAAGUUGAAAAUUGAUCAUAACCACGGCGUUAAGAUUGAGAGGACAAAAGAUGAUCGUAUUCGAUUGAAUGACAUGUUCACUUUGUUUUAAUUUUGUUUUAGAAAAUUUUAGAAAAUCCUCCGAUUUAAAAAAUAAACAGAUCAACUAAUGGGCCAUUUAUGUCAUCAAUGGAUUUUAUAUUGUGUAAACUUUUCUGGUGGCUUAAACCCAUUUCCAUGUUUACUUACAUUAUGUAGUACACUAUAUUAUGCUUGGACAUUUGGAUUUUCUGAUUA